AGAAUAGGCGUUUGUUUUAGUGCGCCCCCUCAAACACGGUUGGGACGGAGCUAGCGAGUCAAGCGUGAGGUCGAGACAUUAUCCAGAAACAACAACAACAACAACAAUCUAGCUAGCUACAUAUUGUUCAGUCAUGGCAGCCAUCCGAAAGAAGCUGGUCAUAGUUGGAGAUGGAGCAUGUGGGAAGACCUGUCUGCUCAUCGUCUUCAGUAAAGACCAGUUCCCUGAAGUCUACGUGCCCACUGUCUUCGAGAACUAUGUCGCUGACAUUGAGGUCGACAGCAAACAGGUUGAGUUGGCACUAUGGGAUACAGCAGGCCAGGAGGACUAUGAUAGGCUCCGCCCCCUAUCUUACCCAGAUACAGAUGUCAUCCUCAUGUGCUUCUCCAUCGAUAGCCCUGACAGUUUGGAAAACAUCCCAGAGAAAUGGACUCCAGAGGUCAAACACUUCUGCCCUAACGUUCCCAUCAUCCUUGUGGGCAACAAAAAGGACCUGCGUAACGACGAGCACACCCGUAGAGAGCUAGCUAAGAUGAAGCAGGAGCCUGUGAAACCAGAGGAGGGGCGUGACAUGGCGAACCGGAUCAGUGCCUUCGGCUACAUGGAGUGCUCCGCAAAGACCAAGGAUGGCGUCAGGGAAGUGUUUGAGAUGGCCACCAGGGCGGCGCUACAGGCCCGGCGGGGGAAGCAGAGAAAUAAAUGCCUCCUACUGUAAAGGGAGGCGAGGGACUCGGCCUCCUACUGGGGGCAAGGGGAACGACAGAAGAUAAGAAAUUAGGUCUAUUCCCCCUCCGCCCCAAAAAAGACUGUGCUCACCAGUUUUUACUAAAGGUGUAAUGCUUUUAAUUUGUCGUAAAGUGAAACAAGUUAAAUAGUCAUGGUUUUGUCAGUAUUCAAUGAUGAUGGGGUUAUGGAAAUGCUUAUGUUUUUGUACAUGAGUGAAUCUGCCAUAAACACAUCCUUUGUGAACCUGUACUGCCAUGCAACUAAAGUGGUCAGCCAGGGGACCUGUUAUUGUCAUACCUGCCAAUUAAGUGCUUGAGCCCCACCCACUGAACUGAGGAAUGUCUCCAUAGCCAAUCAGGGUGGGGUACCCAUACACUGUGACCCAUAGGCUUGAUAAUUUUUUAGUUUUUUUAUUAUGCACACAGGCAUAAAAUUGUUGAAAUAAAUGUGCUUCAUAUAAAGCCC